AAUUCAAUCUUUGGUCCUUAUAUUUUCAAAAAGUCCGAACAGGACCGGAUCAAUUUGGACCAAUUUAAUCGGACCGUAUAACCACCCCUAAUUGAACCAACAUAUUUUUUUGGAAAACCUAAAUAACUUAAUCAAUCGUUACUAAUUUCAUUUGAUCUACAGUGCUAUAUGAUAACACUUAAUACAAAUUAGAGAAAGAAUCCUCGUCGACUGCAUCACUCAAACUCACUUGAGAUGAGGACAAGAACCAAAACUGCCAUCAAUCGAUCGAUCGACCACCACAUCAAGAAAAAUAUAAGGGACAACCAUACAAAUCAACAGGAAAAAAACCUGACUUUUACUAGAAAAAAAAUGUAGCAACAAUCUUAACUUGGACUCCACCUCAUUUCACGUGGUUUGCACCCCAAUCCAAUCUCUUUCCAAAUAAAAGAGAAAACGCUAAAAAAAAAACUGCCAAUUUCCGCGACCCCUUUCCAGUCGAGUAAAAAUGAAGAAGAAGUUAAAAACAAAAACCUUCCACGAAAUUUCCAGCCUUUCUCCCCCUUCUCGUUCAUCCACUGUCAGGUUUCCUUCCUUUUAUUUACCGUCAAUGAACUCCCGGUGUCAUGCAUAAUCUGGAGAGUGUAGGAAAUUUCGCACAAAGGUUUUCCGGUGAUCGCGCGAGUAACGCCACCGCUCCUCUGUCUCUCUCUGUUUUACACUUUCUAUAUAUUAAAACCCUUUUCAACCGGCACAACAUAUCACAUAAGUCCUACCUACUUCCAUUUUUUUUUUCUUCUUCCCACCACUUCGUCAAACCCCUACUUUGCUGAACUUUGCACGCCAAGUGGAAAGCUAAAAAAAAAAAAAAUGACAAGCGGCGCUGGUGACAGGGAGGUCUCCAUCGUCGUCGUCGCUCCGGAGACAGAAAUCAGGACCCAGGAGGAUACCGGCGGCAGCUGGAAUACGGUUGUUAGUAAUGGGAAAGGGGCGACGAAAUCGCCGCCCGACUGUACUGGGUUCCAAAAGGGGACGGCUUUUUGGAAGAAUCUUCAGCUAGUGGUUCUUGGGACCAAGCUGGCCGUGCUCUUCCCUGCCAUUCCUCUCGCCAUUGUUGCCGAUUUCUACAGCUUCGGAAAGCCAUGGAUAUUCGGUUUUAGCUUGCUUGGACUGGCCCCACUCGCUGAACGUGUCAGCUUCCUCACUGAGCAAAUUGCUUGCUUCACUGGUCCUACGGUUGGAGGGCUCUUGAAUGCAACUUGUGGGAAUGCAACAGAGCUAAUAAUAGCAAUGUUUGCUCUAAGACAGAGGAAAAUCCAUGUCCUCAAGUACUCUUUGUUCGGCUCCAUUCUCUCUAAUCUCCUUCUGGUCCUUGGGAGCUCUCUUCUCUGUGGAGGUUUGGCUAACAUAAAAAAGGAGCAGAGAUAUGACAGAAAGCAGGCUGAUGUGAACUCACUACUUCUGUUACUGGGCUUGUUGUGCAACCUACUGCCGUUGCUGCUCAAGCAUGUAAUGGGGAAAGGGCCAGCCACUGCCUACUCUACUCUUCAGCUGUCAAGAGUGAGCAGCAUUUUUAUGCUUCUGGCAUAUGCUGGAUACAUAAUCUUCCAGCUUAAAACACACAGGCAUUUCUUUGAAUCCCAACAGGAAGAUGGAGAAUCAGAGGAGGGAGAAGAAGAAGGGGCAGUGAUCGGAUUCUGGAGUGCCUUCAUUUGGUUGGUUGGCAUGACAGUUUUCAUAGCCUUGUUAUCUGAAUAUGUUGUGGGCACAAUUGAGUGUGCUUCGGAUACGUGGGGGAUUUCGGUGGGAUUCAUCAGCAUAAUUUUGCUGCCCAUUGUUGGCAAUGCAGCGGAACAUGCUGGAUCUAUUAUCUUUGCUUUCAAGAACAAGCUGGACAUUUCCCUGGGAGUUUCUCUUGGUUCUGCAACUCAAAUUUCAAUGUUUGUGGUACCCUUUUGUGUUCUAGUAGCCUGGAUUAUGCACGUCAAUAUGGACCUGGAUUUCAGCCUCCUUGAAACUGGUUGUCUAGCUUUCACGAUUGUCAUCACGGCCUUCACUUUGCAGGAUGGGACCUCUCACUACUUGAAAGGGGCAGUUCUUGUUCUGUGCUACGUUAUUAUAGCAGCAUGUUUUUUUGUUUAUAAAGUUCCACAAGAUGAAUUGGAUUCGUACCCAGGGAUCAAACCCUUCACCGGAGUGUUUGCCUCCUAGCUGCAUUUCGAGAACUUCACUGGUUCGAGAAUUUCCAUCAGCCUGUCAUGGCAACAAAUGAGGCGACAAGAAGCAACACAGAGGAAUUUCAUGUGCAUCAGGGAUCCGGCAACAUGAUACUGAUUACUGAUAGCUUGAAUUAGUAUUGUAUAAGCAUCAGCAGUUUAGCAAUUAAGAACUGUUGACGAAACUUUUUAUGGAACUGUGUUGUACAUAGCUCUGUCUCCUUCCAAGUCUGUUGUAGUAGCUGUUGGGAGAGGAAGCUUGCCAUAUGUGAGUUGACCAUAGCCGCUUAAGUCUUCAGCCCCUUGAAAACCUUGAAGUGGUUUUAAAAGUAAUCCAUUCAGCAUUCUCCAACGAAACGCUGACAUUGUGGUUGCCGUCUCCAAUUGGAUUGUACAUGUCGAACUUCAUGACUGAGUUUUCUUGCAUUUCACAUUGAUUCAACUUUAGCUUAACUUAGAGGGAGUCAGUUUCCUUUCUGGUCUUUUGUUGACACCUAAAAUUAAUUUGGCCGAAAUUAAAUGCCGCAUUAAUUAGUCUCGGCAUUUAAUUCGAUACCGCGGGUUAAAAACGAUGACGUUUGGAGUUAAGCGGCGUCGCGGAGAGUUAAAACAGUACCGCAAGGAAGCUCGGCGGUACCGCGGCAUGGGAAACGACACCGCUUAAUGAAAAACAAAAGGGGUCACGCGUGUAGUUGGGUUGGAGAAGGGAGUUUUAUAAUUAAUUAUUACCUUUAUUCCUUGUAGGAAUGGGAAAAUCGGUACCGCAUGGAGAAUUAAAACGGUAUUGCAAGGAAGCUCAGCGGUACCGCGGCACCGGUCACCAAAAAACAAAAGAGGGGCCGCGCGUUAGUUGAGUGUUGGGGAAUGAGUUUUGUUUACUCUAAUUAAUUAUUAUUAAUUUUUAUUCCUUGUUGGAUAUGGAGAAGCGGCACCGCGGAGAGCUAAAACGGUGCCGCGGAAUUAAAAACAGUACCGCUAUACUAGCAAACGAUAGUGUUUAAUAAUAAACAGUGUCGCGGAAGAGAAAAAAACAAACGGCUGGUUGGGGAAGAAAACUACACCGCAAGGCUGGAAGCGGAGUCGUUUAAUAUCAAAACGACACUGCUUAAAGCAUCAACAACGCCGUGAUAUUACUAGGCGUUCGAGACCAUACCACGGCGGGUUGGAUUUUGGCGAGUCCCGGCAAGACCAACGGCACUACAAGACGAGAACAACAGUACCGUUUUCAGCGAUGCCGCGGAAAGACCAACGGUACGGUUUGGUUGAAAAACAAAACAAUGUCGCGGAAUGGAAAACGACAUUGUUUGACAGCAUCGUUUGAAAAGCGAUGCCGCGGAAAGGUAAAACGACACCGCGUCAGUGGGUAAGAGUUCGGCCAAAGGCGGCCCGCCAAGCCCAACGACAGCCCAAGACUAGAAAACGACGUUGUAUGAUAGGCUAACGGUGUUGUUGGUCAAACCGGGUCGAGGCAAUUGAGUGGUGAUUAUGAAACGGCAUCGAUUAGUGAAAGGUGAUGCCGCGGUAUUGGUGAAACGACAUCGUUACAUGGACAAGGUUGUAGGAUUUGGCUCAACGUCGUUUCGCCAAGUUUAUGCAAACAGGAGCGGUUUCGAGGGCACGUGACUAUCACGCAACAAGGAGGAAGUUACCUGCACGGUUGACAGGAGUGAAGACGUGGGAGACAAAGGCGCGAAGGCAGUUACUACGACGGGGAGAAGCGCGAAGUAUAAAGAUCGGGAAGAGAGAGAAGCAAGGAGGGCAAAAUCAAAUCACAAACUGCAC